ACACACACACACACACGUGCUCCAAAGCCUGUGGGCAGCAGGAGGGGGUGAUGUGGACACACGGGGGGGCACUGGCUUGUGAAGGACGGGCAUGUGGGAACUAAACUGCCAUUGUGGCCUAGGAGCGGAGCCACUUGUGCUGGGGACUCUUCCUGGGGCAGGGGCCCCUCUCCCGCCUCAUGGUCUAAUUUCUCCGGUUGAUGGUCAGGACAGACAGAAGGAAGACAGAAGCCCAAGCUAGGAUUGUGGUCUUCCCAACGACAGCCUCAGAGACUGUGGACAACACAUGAACUCUUCAAGAAAAAAAGGGGGGGGGAAGGGGAGAGAGGGAGAGGGGAAGAAGGAGGAUAGGAGAGGAGGAGAGACAGACAGACAGACAAACAUGGGGCAUGGGGGAGGGCAGACACAGCAGUCCAGCAUCCUCAGAGAGUAGGAGAAGCAUCACCCAAACAAUCAUCAAACUUCUUGUCUGUGGGGUAGCUUCAUCGCACAGGUAGGAGGAGGAGGAGGGGAUGUGGCCAGUAGAUACUGCAAGGAGGUCAGAGAAGCCCCAAGACACUGCGGAGUCAGAGCAGAGCCCGAGCAGGGAGGAGUCAGGCUGUGAGCCUCGGAGAGCCGCCGCCGAGAUCCUUAGUGGAGGACUCCUGUGAACUUCCACAGAAACAGGAGGCAUGGAGAUCAUAGGAGGAGGGGAGAAGGGGGAGGUUUUUUAAGAAUGGGAAGCUUAGCCAGACAUACAUAGUGGCUCGCAUGUGUGAUCCCAGCACUUAAGCUCUCUGAGGCAGGCUCUCACUUGACAGGUCUGGGAGGGCCCUCAAGUCUGCAUUUCUAACAAGCUACCAGUGGCAAUGCUGCUGCUCCAGGAGCCAUACAUACUAUGAGGGGCAAGGUUUAGAGUCAGCUAAAGGGAUGUGGAGGGCGAUUGGAAGAGAAUUCCUUUUGAAAGGCCCGCUUUCGAUAAUUCCACCUGGGGUAAAAACUGAGACCUUGAGAGGCCUGAGUGGGAGUGUCCCUUCCUCCUCUUUCAGAGGUGACAGGUGGUGGAAAAUUGGGCAUAAAGGGGAAGGGAUAAUGAGGAACAAAGAGGUCAGGAGAAGAGGCAGAGGAACUCUGGGGAGACACAAGCGUCCCUGGGAUCCUUUCUCUGGGUCAGCGUUAGGCAGGAUAUUAAGGGUUGACUCAGAGCAUGCCCCACCCCUAGGAGGAUGGAGAUCUGAGAGUGCAAGGGCAAGGCCACCCCCUCCGCCCCCCUUUGCUGUUCUGCAGAAAACUGCUGAAUUCCAUCCAAGGUUUCCUGACAGCCCGCAGGACACACAGAAAAGGCUAUGCCACAAGGUCAAAGGCCAGGAGGUGAGCUGGGCUCUUAACCCUAAGCCUGAGUCCCACGUGUCCAACUUGCCAUCAAAAGUCAAGAGGUUUCUCAAAGGCGCAGUUGGGAAUGUAAACUUGAGUUUAAGUAAUCCAAGGACAGGAAUAAGGAUGGGAGAUGCCGCACUUAGGUAGCUCAGCUGGCCUGGGGCCCGCAACCUGCUACACACUGAGAGACCCUUGAGCACUAAACCAGAAGUUAAGUCGAGGUCAGGUUCAAUGAGGGAAGUGCGGGGAGGGCCAGGAAAAAGUCAGAAGGUACCAAAUGAGCAGCAACUCCCGAAAUCAAGCCUUGGCCGAGGAGAAGGUGGCACAUACUUAGGGGAAGGAGAUGGGAUCAAAAAGAUGCUGGAGCUUCGUCUGGUGGCGACCGGGAGGCCGUGGUGGUUCCCGAGCGCAGUGUGAUGAGCUGAACUGCUUAAGCUGGGAGCUCCUUCGCCGCGCAGCCCCCAGCCCGCCCGGUCUUCGUCUUCCCCGGCCAGGGCCAGCUUCCCGGCGUCCUCCCGCCGCGUCUCCCCGGCCGUGGCCCCCAACCCGGCUACCGACUCUCCAGGGUCCGCCCCGCCGCCGCGGCCCCAGCCCGGCCGCUCCUCCCCCGAUGAUGUCACGUCCCUGGCCGCCCCUCGGCCGGCCUCGCGCCCCGCCCCCGCCUCCCCUGGCCCCGAGUCCCCUGGGCCCACCCGCUUGCGACAGCCCUCCUCCUGCCCGUGCUCCCUCCCUUCGGCUCCCGCUCCCCAGGGAGCGGCGGCGGCGGCGGGAUGGCCAGGGCCCGCGGCCAGGCCCCCGGGAGCGGCGGGCGGCGGCGGCCGCGGCGGGGAAGCCCGGGGACCGGGCCCCGGGGGGAGUCGGCGGGUCUGCUGCUGCUCCUGCUGCAGGUGCUGCCGCCCGGGGCAGCGGCAGGCCCGGGGCGCCGGGGCACUCGGGGACCUGGCGGCGGCUGCGUCUGCUGGCCCGGCGCCGGCCCUGCUUUUCCCCGGGACGCGCGACUGCUGCUGUUGCUGCCACCCCGGCCGCCACCGUCGCCGCCGCCGAGCUCUACGGCCGCAGCCUCCCCCUCUCGGAUGGACGCUCUGCCCCGCGGUGGGCUCCCCCUGAAAGAGGAGCCGCUGCUGCCCUCCAGCCUGGGCUCGGUGCGCUCCUGGAUGCAGAGCGCGGGCAUCCUGGACUCCAGCACCGCGGCGCAGAGGAGCCUGGGGCAGAAAAGACGAACAAUGGGAUCCAUUACCGCCUUCGGCUGGUGUAUAACAAUGGACUUCGGACAGAGCAAGACCUCUAUGUGCGUCUCAUCGACUCCAUGUCGAAGCAGGCUAUCAUCUAUGAGGGACAAGACAAGAAUCCUGAAAUGUGCCGAGUGCUGCUCACUCACGAGAUCAUGUGCAGUCGGUGCUGUGACCGCAAGAGCUGUGGUAACCGGAAUGAGACACCUUCAGAUCCAGUCAUUAUUGACAGGUUCUUCCUCAAAUUCUUUCUCAAAUGUAACCAGAACUGCUUGAAGAAUGCAGGGAAUCCCCGGGACAUGCGCCGCUUCCAGGUGGUGGUGUCCACAACAGUGAGUGUGGAUGGACACGUGCUGGCCGUGUCUGACAACAUGUUUGUGCACAACAACUCCAAACAUGGCCGCCGGGCCCGCCGCCUGGACCCUUCUGAAGGUCAGGACUCCCGGCCCAGCCCUGGCCAACCUCAGUCUCCACCUUGGUGCAGUCCCCUGACCUGGGUCCUCUCCUACCUCCCAGCUGCCACCCCCUGCAUCAAGGCCAUCAGUCCCGGGGAGGGCUGGACCACGGGAGGCGCCACCGUCAUUAUCAUCGGCGACAACUUCUUCGACGGGUUGCAGGUCGUGUUUGGCAACGUGCUCCUGUGGAGCGAGCUCAUCACUCCCCACGCUAUCCGGGUGCAGACGCCACCACGACACAUCCCUGGGGUAGUAGAAGUGACCCUCUCCUACAAGUCCAAGCAGUUUUGUAAAGGAGCCCCUGGCCGCUUCGUCUACACAGCCUUGAAUGAGCCUACCAUUGACUACGGAUUCCAGAGGCUACAAAAAGUCAUUCCCAGACACCCGGGGGACCCUGAGAGGCUGCCCAAGGAAGUGCUGCUGAAACGGGCGGCUGACUUGGCGGAGGCCCUGUACGGAGUGCCCAGCAGUAACCAGGAGCUCCUCCUGAAGCGUGCGGCGGACGUGGCCGAGGCUCUGUACAGCGCCCCGCGCGCACCCGCACCCCUCGGACCCCUGGCCCCCAGCCACCCACACCCCGCCGUCGUGGGCAUCAACGCCUUCAGCAGCCCCCUGGCCAUCGCCGUCGGGGAUGCCACACCGGAGCCCGGCUAUGCCCGCAGCUGCGGCAGCGCGUCGCCCCGGUUCGCGCCCAGCCCUGGCUCUCAGCAGAGCAGCUACGGCAGUGGCCUUGGAGCUGGCCUCGGCAGCUACGGGGCGCCGGGUGUGACUGGCCUCGGCGUGCCCGGAUCCCCUAGUUUCCUCAAUGGCUCCACCGCAACCUCACCUUUCGCCACCCUCCCAUGAUUGUGAAGCCGCCCUUCAUUAGGGGGACCUGGUGGACAGCAACCUUUUGGUCCUUCGCCGGGACUUCGGGAGGAGGUUGGCGGCCCCUGCUGGAAGCCUAAGGAAACUCUAGAGACUCGGGCUUCCAGCUCCCCGGCAGCCUCCGGGAUGUGUGGCUCCAGGUUUCAGCAGCACUUCCUGGGGCAGGGCGGGAAACAGUGGGACCGAGUGUCGGCCCCUAGGGGUGUGGCGGGGCUCUGGAGGAGCUCCCUCACCCCCUGACCCACAGGACACUCUUAUUCCAGUCCCGGCCCUCUGAGUACCUUGCACAGUCUCUCAGGUUCUCCCAGAUGGUUCAGACAAGAAAAUUCCCUCUGAUCAGAACCCGAUUGAGUGUCUUAGCCAGGAGCUGUCGGACAUUCAACAAGUUGCACCUAUGAACUUAAGUCCCCUUCAGUAAAACAGGAUCAAUACAACCCGGCCUCAGGUAGCUCUCUUAUCUGAAUAUGCCACUAGAAACCCAGACAAAAUUUAGAAAGAAUGUGUGAUUUUGUAGGCCCAGUGCUUGGCGUCUUGGGUUAAGGCAGUUCCCUGACGGAUGGACAGUGUGGAUUUCUGUGCUUUAUCAUUUCACACGGCCUUGCAAUACCAAUGGCUACCAGGCAGGUACUUAGAACCCACGUGGUGAGAACGCACCAGGUUUGGGGGACUCUGUCCACACUUCUCACCAGCAAAAACUUCUCUACCAGUCACAAGAGACCAUGUCCCUCAAGGCCCGGGCACUACUGAAUCUGAGAAAUAGCGACAUCUGCCCAAGAAGGAGCUUGUUGUGGCUUUACCUGGAGUCCCCUCAGUUUUUCAUUGCCUAAAAUAACUGUCUAGCCACCUGCCUAAUUUUCCUUACCAGGGGUGCUGUUCUUACUGGCUACAAAUCUGGCCUGCCAUUUUCCUUUGACCUUGACUUAACUUGUGGAACCCAACGUCCCUCCAAGCCAGAGUUCACACAGGCUGUAGCCUUCUUGUGUCCCUCCCAAGGCCAGUCUCUCCUGGCACUUAGCUCAGCCGGGUUCCACUGCUCCACGUCCCUUCAGUUCUGAGACAGCGACCUCACAGCCUUUUCCUGUGUUCCCCUGGGUUUGACUCUCUCGCCCUUCCCCAGAUACACAACAGUACUGUCAGCCGUGAAAGAAGCUGCCCCAGUGCACAGUCCAUCCUGGGUCACCCUAGUCAACCAGAUCAGAACUUCCCGAGUCACUUACGCCCUACUUCACCAUCGGCAGGGACACUCGGGACUCUACCCAGACCUGUUCCCAUCUCAGAAUAUUCUUACUCGGGUCCACAUCCGUUCUCCUGAGUGCAGGAUGCCUUGUGACACAGUUGCACAGGGAGUCAUUCUCAUUGAGUUUGCCCAGGUGUCCCUACAAUGUCAUCGGAACUGUCCUAGCCAGAGGGUCUAGGGCUGCCUGUGUCUUUAUUUGGUCUAUGGUAUUAGUUAUUAGCAAGUUUAGAACUCCAUAACUCUGCCAAAUGUGGCUAUUAGUUCUCUGGGCCUUAGCAGAUACCACAUAUAUAUAUAUAUAUAUAUUUUUUAUCAUGAUGCUAAGCACUCCAUAAUGGCCAUGGCUUUGCCAGCUAGCACUGAGCAUUUUCUCCAGGGAGAUGGUGACCACGGGCUAAGGACAUUGAGAAUAGGUUAGCUAUUGCAGUCAUUUUGUGCCAAAAGUCAAUGGAUGGGUGUUGUAAUGUCAAAGACCACAGAUAUCUUCCAAGAUGUCUGCUGUCCGUUGCCUGCUGGUUGGAGAAGAUUAAAAAUCCUGCUUGCUGGUCUUUAGAAGAGGGAUGCAGGGAAAUGGGUUCAGAUGAGGACGGAGAAGGGCGGGACUGAGAUGCCCUGCACGGGAGCCCUAGCAGAUACAAGAGGCUCCUAAGGGUCCAGACCGGAGAUGACAGGGCCUUGAACUAAAGUGGAAAGAAACGGUGCCCAGGGUUGGGGGCUAGACGAACGAAGUAUAGGGCACAUUGGGUAGGAAAGCUCCCUAGAGAGGAGGGUGCGUGUGUGAGCUGUCAUCCUUGGGAGAGCAGCUUUCCACGGGAGGCUGCAUAUCCACCAAAACUUCCUCCAGCACUCUUGUGACCCUGGAACUUUGAUUUUAGCCUCGGCAGCACAGGCCCAUAAAACGUUUCUUAGCAUUUCCCAAUCCCAGUGGUAUUCAGCAGGAAUUCCAAUCUUUUCAUCUCUUUCUUUCUUCUUCUUUUUUUUUUUUUUUUUUGGUUUUUUGAGACAGGGUUUCUCUGUGUAGCUUUGCGCCUCUCCUGGAACUCACUUGGUAGCCCAGGCUGGCCUCGAACUCACAGAGAUCCGCCUGGCUCUGCCUCCCGAGUGCUGGGAUUAAAGGCGUGCGCCACCACUGCCCGGCUUCAUCUCUUUCUUAUCUCCCAUCGUUGAGAGCACUUCCCACUGUUUGUGUUUGUUUGUUUGUUUGUUUGUUGUUUUGUUUUCACUGGGUCUGAUCCUGUCAUCUCCCAACCCUGAAAAUGGUGUCCAGAACUCCUCAAAAGGCAAGGACUGGUCCAGGACCCAGAAGCUCCCAUUUUGCCUCUAGCCAUUAUCUUGUACUGGUCUUCUCGGGACCGUCAUAGCCCCCGGGGAGGUCUGAGCCCGCAGCCUGGUCAACAGUCCACAAGGGACUCGCUGCCCAUGCGGCACCCCAGUCCUGCUGCUCACUCUGGUGCUGUCUCCCUGUUGUGUCUUCCACUGCCUUCCUUGCUGCGCCUGCCCCUUCCUCGCCCCGCCCCGGAGUCAUGCCCUCUAGCCCCCCGCUGGCGGCUGCCUCCUCCAUGUCCCUCCCGGCCGCGGCCCCCACCACCAGCGUCUUCUCCUUCUCGCCGGUCAACAUGAUCUCCGCUGUCAAACAGAG